AUGUACUGGGAGAAUAAAUCUGAUUUAAACAACAAUUUAGUUAGUCAUGCAAUGUCUAGAAAUACAUUUGAGAAAAUACAUCAAUAUCUACAUUUCCAUGACAACAGUAAACUCAAUCCUUGCGAUAAAGUCUAUAAGGUUAGGCCUCUUUUAGAUCACCUAAAUGAUAAAUUUUACCAAUUUGUAGAACCAAUGGGUAGCUAUUUCUCUCUUGAUAAGGCAAUGAAGUCUUAUUAUAGGCAUCAUGGCAUGAAACAGUUUAUAAGAGGCAAGCCCAUAUGCUAUGGUUUUGAGUUUUGGUGCCUUGACAGGCCAGAUGGAUUCUUAAUUGCAAGUAAAACGCUUGGUUCUUCAGUUAGCAAAAUAUUAUCUUUAAAAUUUAUACCAGUAGGAUCAAGCAUUUAUAUUGACAACUAUUUCACUUCUCUACCUUUGAUGGAUGCCUUAUCAAACAAUGGUCUCUUUUGUGUUGGGACUAUUCGAAAUAAUAGAACAGAAAAGGCACCGCUACAAGAUGUAAGCAAAGUUGUGCGAGGCAUUUGCUGUGUAGCUGAGGAUAAGAAGAUUGGAAUUACUCUGCCAAAAUGGCUUGAUAAUAACCAAGUAAAUCUUGUGGCCAAUUUGAAAGCUGAGGUUUUUGAUGUUGGCAGCUGUAAACAAUGGAAAAAAUCUGAGAGAAAUAGAGUAUCUGUACUUCAAUCAAAUAUUGUGAAGCUAUAUAACAAACAAAUGGGAGGUGUUGACCUAUUUGACAAAUUGAGAGGUCAUUAUCAAAUUAGAAUACGAUCAAGAAAAUGGUACAGGCCUUUGUUUAGAUUUUACCUCAAUGAAAACAUUGUAAAUUUAUGGAUUCUUUGCUGCUACAUUCAGAGGAAUAUUUCUCUAAGGCAAAUAGUUACUGCAUUGCUUGCUGCACCAAAUUUAGAAAAGAAAAGAGUGGUACAUCCUAAAACAAAGAAGCAAGUUCCACAAGUGGCACAAUUUGAUAACAGAGACCACCUUGUCAACAAAAUUGAAACUCAAAGGCAAUGCGCAGUUUGUGGAAAAUGCACCAAAUUUGUUUGCAUCAAAUGCAAUGUAAGCCUAUUUCCUGACACAUGCUUUCUUCCUUUUCACCAAUAA